AACAACUGUGACCAUAACGUUGACUUUGCUAGCUUGCACGGUCAAUAUCCGCCGUUAGGGGGCGCCAAUCGCAGGUGCCGGUAGUUGGACGACCCGGAUGUUGAUUACUACUCUGCUGCCCGAACACGCCGUUCGAAGAUGGACACCUUCGAGUUGUUUCGGAAACUCGGAGCUGGAGCUAAAUUUGACCUGAAAAGGUUUGGUCAGGAUGCCGCUCGCUUUAAGGUUGUUAGGACGCAUGAGGGAGAGGUGUCGUCAGCUCGGCUCUCUGCGAUCGAUUACUUUGGCACAGGCGUGAAGAGUGGAGCUCAGAACAAGGCUCAGGAUCGAGUGGAAGAGAAGGACGACUAUACAAAAGAUGUUGAUGGUGAUGAUGGAGAGGGGAGUGAUAGUGAAGUUGAUGUCGGGGACAAAAGAAAGCGACGAGAUGAGAAUGGGAACACGAAGAAGAAAAGGACGCAUGAAGAUGCAAAUGGUCAGAACGCAAAGGGAGCCGGCAUCACCUGGACGUCCGCAUUGGACAGAAAGACCCAGAACCUUCCAGGCAACGACCAAAAGCCUUCACUAAAGAGGAUGAAGCAUCUUCAUCAGGAGAAGGUGAACCGCAUCCGCUCUCAGCACCGCAUCAACGUGCACGGCAGCGACAUGCCCGACCCUGUCUGCACAUUUGAGGAGGUCCAGUCCGAGUACCGGCUCAACCCCAGGAUUCUCGAGAACCUCCGAAAAGCUGGCUUGAACUCGCCAACGCCCAUUCAGAUGCAGGCCAUCCCGCUCAUGAUGCAUGGUCGCGAGCUCCUGGCGUGCGCUCCGACAGGAUCCGGAAAGACUUUGGCCUUCUGUCUCCCGCUGCUCGCUCACCUCAGACAGCCUGCCAAGCUGGGCUUCAGAGCCGUCAUCAUCUCCCCCACCCGAGAACUCGCCAGCCAGACGUACCGAGAGAUGCUCCGCCUAUCGGAGGGAGCCGGGUUUCGGAUUCACAUCCUCGACAAAGCAUCCGCGGCCGCCGGGAAAUUCGGACCCCAGUCCAACAAAAAAUACGACGUCCUCAUCAGUACUCCCAACAGACUGGUCUUCCUUCUCAAGCGGGACCCCCCCGCCAUCAACCUCAGCAGCGUGGAGUGGCUGGUGGUGGACGAGUCGGACAAGCUCUUUGAGGGCGGCAAGAAGGGGUUCAGGGAGCAGCUGGCCACCAUUUUUCUGGCGUGCUCCGGCGCCAAGGUGCGCAGGGCGUUCUUCAGCGCCACCUGCACGCCGGAUGUGGAGCAGUGGUGUCGUCUGAACCUGGACAACCUGGUGUCCGUCAUCAUCGGUCACAGAAACGCGGCGGUGGAGUCGGUAGAACAGCAGCUGUUGUUUGUCGGGACGGAGAACGGCAAGCUGGUGGCCAUGCGGGACAUCGUCAAGAAGGGCUUCCUGCCUCCCAUGCUGGUGUUUGUUCAGUCCAUCGAGCGAGCGCGGGAGCUUUUCCACGAGCUGGUCUACGAGGGCAUCAACGUGGACGUCAUCCACGCCGAGCGCACGCAGCAGCAACGGGACAACGUGGUGCAGAGUUUCCGCAGCGGGAACAUUUGGGUGCUGAUCUGCACGGCCCUGCUGGCUCGAGGAAUCGACUUUAAAGGCGUCAACGUCGUGCUCAACUACGACUUCCCUGCCAGCGCCGUGGAAUACAUCCACAGGAUAGGUCGUACGGGUCGAGCUGGACAUCGAGGGAAGGCCAUCACCUUCUUCACUGAGAAUGACAAACCACUCCUGCGCAGUAUCGCUAACGUCAUCAAACAAGCCGGCUGUCCGGUGCCGGACUACAUGAUCGGCUUCAAGAAGAUACUCAGCAAAGUGAGGAGGAGGCUUGAGAAGAAACCUCCCAGAAGGAGCACCAUUUGCACCACGCCUCGCUUCAUGCUGAAGAAGCAGCCCAAAGCCAAGAAAGCAGCCGCCGGGACAGCGAAUACGCCGCACAACGCCGAAGGGAAGCAAGGCAGGAAACGACAAAAAAAGCAGAAAAAUGGGGAAAACCAAAAGGAAACGGACACGGCAGGAAAAGUGAAGAAGCAAGUCAAGAAAAAGAAGCAAAGUAAACCAGAAGAGGAGUAGAACGACUUUAGAAACAUUUCUAGCUUCCAUAUUUGAUUUUUCUAUAUCUACAUAAAGACUAAACCUUAUAUUCCAAUGUUUUCCUCUGGUGUUCG